UGGGACUUUUCACUUACCUUUAACAUUUAACAUGCCAAAGCAAAUACACCUGUGUUUUUCCCCCUCCCCAGUGACAUCAGCCCACUUACCUACAAAUAGGCAAGGGUGAGACUGCUCAUUCAAGUUUUCAUCAGUGGAAGUGACAUGGAUCACAUAAGAUUUGGCAUCCUACUUAGAACUAUUGUUUUACAAUGCUUUAUCAUGAGGACUGUGCUUUCCAUUCAGAAAAGAGAAUGGAUUGAUUCCCCAACAGCAAGAUUAACAGAAGGAGAUGUGGCAUGUUUUUCUGAAUACAUGGAGAUGUGGAUACACAGUGCAAGGAUUGAAGGGUUGGGACUCUGGCUGUCUGGGGCCUUACAGACCCAAGUCAACCUUGCUUCUCUGGAUCACCUAAAUCUCCAGCUGUCUGACUGUGGAUUCGCAUUGCACAAAGAGGCUGACAAGAACUUUAUUUUUAGAGUCAGUUACACUGGAUGUUUUGUCCAGCAACAGCAUGGCUACCAUGUCCUGACACUGAAUUUGGUGAAGAGGAUAAAUCGAUUCAGAGGCAGACCUCAUAGUUUCAUAAUGAAGUGUCCCCUGGUUUCUGUACUGCCCAGCAGUGAGCAAAUCCAAUGUGACCCGGAUUUUAUUCAGGUGACCAGACAAGUUCCCUAUGACAUCUGGGACAAUGAGCUGCAGUGGUCACUUUCUCUGAGCGAUCACCUCAUUGUAGCUCUGGAGGACGCCAGCCUGAUUCAGAUGAAUAUUGACAUUAACGGACCGGACAUUACAGUUCAAGGCAGGAGAAGGGAGAUCUUGAGCCCUGUCAAAGUAAUGGAAAAUGAAGGGGAAUUCUUGGCCUUGAAGCUUGUCAGUGGUCAGUAUGCCUACAGUAUGGAAGCUACGUGUCCAAAAGUGACUACGUCCACACCAGAGGAGACUGUGCUGCACAUUUUUAAACGGCGUAUGGGUUUGACCAAGCGAGGCAGCGCUGACAACGAAGCACUGACAGUCAGUAAUGUGUCGGUGAACCAGACAGAUAAUUUCACUGUGCAUGAUACAAGUGAAUUUGUGACACUGACCAUUCCUACAGCCCAAAUACUCCAGACGAAGACCUGCACAGACAGCAAACAACUCCUGCAGCCGUUCUGUAGGGUGGAUGUUGUGCUCACCUUCAGAGAGACAAAUCACAAAAUGCACUGGACCAUGGAGAACACACUGCCAUGCACAGCCAGGCCUGCUGAGUCACACAUCACAUCCUCUCCUGGUCCAAACACCACAACCCCGUCCACGCUCAACUUUAAACACGACAGUUUAACUACAGAACAGCCGCUGCUGGACCGCCUAAAUGAGAGAGCUCCAUUCGAAGAGAUGACCGCAGAGCUUUCCACAACUAAUUCACCUCACACACAGACGGAGGCCCGCAGCUUUAAUUUCCACACUGAUGAGAUGUCAAAGAGUCAGAGUGGAAAUUUGUCUUCUGGGUUUGACGGAGACACCAUUACUUCCAAUAAUGGCACUGAAAUAAGCUUUUUUGAUUUUAUAAAUGUGACCAUACAUACUUCAGCAGAGCCAGAUUUCCCUGAGUCAUCAGCCACAGCUGAACCAUCAGAAACAUCUGUCCUCACAAUGGUUCCACCUGAAGAAGAAUACCAACAAUUCAACACAACCAGUGGGAAUAAAGAGCAGCAAAAGCAGAUAAGACUGAAGUGGAUCUGGGAGGACUAGAAACCUGACAGAAACAGCAUUAUUCAAUACACCGAUUCUGGUAGCAGGUGUCAGACUUAGCAAACGUCAACAUAAUUCAUAUAGUGAAUGAUGUCAAAUUCAAAAACCAUGUUUUCCAUCCAAAUGUAUAUGAAUUUUAAAAUGAAAUGUCCUUCUUUCUAAGUCACGCUAGACCUCAAAGACAGUUCCAAUUAGUGACAA